AUGGCCCUCCGCGCCGCCCUGCUCCUCAGCUUCCUGCCGUCGGUCUUGGCGGGCGGCGGCUGCCCCCGCGAGUGCUCCUGCUCCCGGACGGCCCAGGUGGAGUGCUCGGGCGCCGAGGUCACGGAGAUGCCCGCGCCGCUGCCCGGCCACGCCAUGAGCCUGCAGGUGGUCAACACGCGCCUGGCCGCUCUGGGCCCCGCGGCCUUCGGCAACGCCUCGCAGCUGCUCGCCCUGCGGAUGGAGAAGAACCUGCUGGAGCGGCUCAGUCCGCGCGUCUUCCGGCCCCUGGCGGCGCUGCGCUACCUCAGCCUGGCCAGCAACCGGCUGCAGGAGCUGCCGCCCGACGUCUUCCGGCCGCUGGCCCGGCUCGAGGCGCUGCUGCUGUCGGGGAACCAGCUGCGCCGCAUCCAGCCGGCCCACUUCGCCGGGCUGGGCGCCCUCAAGGAGCUGCAGCUGCACGGCAACCGCCUGCAGGCCGUGCCCCCGGGCGCCUUCGACCAGCUGCCCAACCUGGCCCGCCUCAACCUGGCCCGCAACCAGCUGGUGCGCCUGCCGCCCCGCCUCUUCACGCCGCUGGCGCGCCUGCAGGUGCUGCGCCUCUACGAGAACCAGCUGGCCGAGCUGGCGCCGCGCGCCUUCGACGGGCUGGGCGAGCUGCAGGAACUGGCCCUCUACCAGAACCGGCUCCGCCAGCUCCCCGCCGGCCUCUUCGCCGGCCCGCGCAGGCUGCAGAAGCUGCUGCUGUCCGGCAACCUCCUGGAGGCGCUGCCCGAGGGGCUCCUGUUGGGCCUGCCCGAGCUCUCGCGGCUCUCGCUCUUCGGAAACGCCCUGCGCCAGCUGCGCCCCGGCACCUUCGGCCCGAUGCCCCAACUGCGGGAGCUCCGGCUGGCCGACAACCAGCUGGCCUCGCUGCCCGGCCGCGCCCUGGCCAACCUCACCGCGCUGCAGGUGCUGGUCCUGAGCAGGAACCGACUCGGCUCGCUGGCGCCCACCGCCUUCGCCGGCCUGGAGGGCCUCGAGGAGCUCGCCCUGCACUCCAACCGGCUGGCCACGCUGGACGGGGAGCUCUUGCGCGGCCUGGGCUCGCUGCGCAACCUCUCCGUGCACAGCAACCGGCUGGCCGCCUUGCCCGCGCACCUCUUCCAGGGGACCCCCGGCCUGCGUGCCCUUCAGCUGCAGAACAACUCGCUGGAGGAGCUUCCCGCAGGCAUCUUCGACGGGCUGCUGGAGCUGCGCGACCUCCAACUGCACGACAACCCCUGGCGCUGCGACCCCGCCCUGCGGUCGCUCCGGCGCUGGCUGCGGGAGAGCAGGGCCACCCUCGGCAGAGAAAGCCGCCAUCCCCGCUGCGCCGCGCCGCCUGGGCAGUUGGGCCGGUCCCUGCUGGAACCGGAGACCACCACCACCGGUCCCGGGACCUCCGCACUGCCGGAGGGCUGGGGAACCGUCUGGAGCCGCAAGGAGGCCCCUUCGGAGCAUCAGCCGACGUCGGAGACGCUGUCGCCCGGACGCUGGCAGCCGCCGCUGGAUAGCGAGUCGGGCAGCGCAGAGAUCGCGCGGGAGUUCCCGGAGGAGCUCCCCGAAGCGGGCCGAGGGGGAGGCGGGAUUUGGGGCCUGACUCGCACGCAGACGGGGGUCGUGGUCACCUGCCUCGUGGUGGCCUCCGCCUUGCUCCUAGGGAUGGUGCUGGCGGUGGGCCUCUACGGCUCCAGGCGGAAGCGCUCCGUCCGGGCUAAAGCCUAA